AUGAUCUUGGCUACGGUUGCGGAAUUACUGCUGUUGCAGGUGUUACUUGGGAACUGUGCUGAUGUAGAGCAGGCGGUACACAUGUGUGGAAAGGAAUCUGAUGAUACCCUUGAAGCCGGUUGCGAAUGUCAUGACGACAAAAAUUUAAUUAUCUGUGAUGACAAUAAAAUAUUACCUGGUCAUGAAAAAAAUUUGGUCGAACUGUAUUUCAAUUUUAAUCGAAUAAGCAAAAUUGAAAAUGGAACAUUUGAUGAAAUGAUAAAUUUGGAAGUUUUAGAUUUAAGCGGUAAUCGCCUCAAAAAGAUUGAAGCAUUUUGGUUUCAAGGUGCCAAAUGGAAAUUAAAAUACCUGAAUUUGGAAGAAAAUACGCUACAAUCACUGCCAGUGGAGGUUUUUUCAACAAUGCCAACAUUAGAAAGUUUGAUUCUAGACGGAAAUCCUAAGCUGUUUGACUGGAAAAACAGCAGCAAACCAUUCGGCUUCGGUGACUCAUUAACUGCUUUAAAAAAUUUGAGCAUGAAUAGCUGCAAAAUUAAAAAUCUUCCUGACGACUAUUUUGCAAAAUUGACAAGUUUGGAAGUGUUGAGCCUUGCCAAUAAUUUCUUUAUCACUCUUCCAACGGCACUUCACAAGAUACCAAGUUUGCUGUCAUUGGAUUUGAGCAAGACUGAUAUCACCGAAAUAGAUCAAGAUUCAUUUUUAUAUGAUACAAAUUUGCAGAGUUUAUUCUGCGUUGACUGCCAAUAUCUUGAAUUUGUCGACGAUUGCGGAUUUUGUGGUCUUAAAAAUCUGAAGGAAUUGGAUUUACAUGGCUGUAUUCAGUUGUACGACAUAAGCGACAAAGCCUUUGGUUAUGGACAUAAAGAUGCAGUUUUACCAAAGUUGGAGUACCUCGACUUACAACAGACCAAAAUGUCAACACUGUCAGGAAACCUAUUCGAUUCAUCAAAUUUGAUAGGACUGGCUUUUAGUAGCACUCCAUGGAAUUGUACCUGCGACACGGCAUGGAUGUUGGAACUAGACCUUGAAGUUAUUAAAGGACCAAAAUGUCAAUCGCCACAGUAUCUUAAAGAUAAGCAACUGCUAAGCUUAACAUCGCAAAUGCUUUGUCCAAAUCGUUUACGUUUUACAAAGCUAAUGCUAUCGUUGUUUGUGGUUCUAACUGCCGUAUUCUUUGCAAUAUUUGUUUAUUAUUUGACCACAAAUUAUCGAAUUCGAAAUAUUUUCUAUCGACCAGAUAUGCCAAAUGUUGGCUACAGAAAUCUGUCCAAUGCUGAUGAAGAAAGUCAUAGAAAUGUCCGAGUUACGCCUGCGCCUGCAUAG